AUGGCAGACCCUAUUCCUCUUUGCGGCUACUAUCACCGCGGCCGAUGUUUCAGAGGUUCGCAGUGUGAUUACUUACAUCCAGCCAAUCUGGACCCAAUGGUGCCCAAGGAAAUCGACUACCAAGUGUGCAACGAGGUCGGUCAAGGAUGCGUGCGCUGCUUCCAAGCCGGAUAUCCAUGCGACAAGAAGAAUCGUAAUCACAAUGAUCCUAAGGAUCCGUGCUCCGAGUGUCGCCAUUUUGGUGGAUCUGGAUGCAAAUGUAUCCUUGCUCAGAACACGACCCAGAAUGACAUGUUGUAUCCUAUGAUGCUCAACGGCGCUAAUCGUGAGCCCGAGUACAGCCUUCCACCAUUCAAGCACAGAGAGGAGCCAAAAUCUGAUGGCAAGAUUCCGAGUUCGAUGCCCGCGGACGAGAUCAAGCCCGACUGGACUGGUGCCUCCAAGGAAGAAUUACUCGCAAUGCCAGACAUGCUGCCUCCUCAAGUUCGCCGCCGUCCCAGAGCAUACCUCAUUCCUCCACGCGAAACGAGAUCGAAGAGAAAGAAACGUGACUGGCACGCCACUCAUCCUCCUAGCGGCAACACAACUUCGUCCGUUAUGACCUCUACUCUCUCACCGGGGCCAAUGCAACACAUGGCGGUGUCCAUGCUGCAGUCAUCAGCGAUUCCUCUUCAAGGCCCUAUCGUCUCCACCACUGUGCAUUGGCCGACUCACCGACCGAUGCCAAUGUACUACUCUAGUCACACGGUAAUUGGUCCUAGCAUGCUAGGUUACCCUAUGGCGCAAGCCAUGUCUCCUGCAUGGGUUUCUCAGUCAAUGGCACCGCCUAGAGCUCCAUUGCCAAUCAACCGUGUUCCUAACGCACGUCAUGCGGGCUACUCCCCAGGUCAAGGCACGUCUCAAACGCGUCAGCCUCGUCCAUCGGUUCAUCACAGACCAGCUAUGCCUACCACAACCAUACCCGCUACAAACACACAUCAGGCUAGCGGCUCCAAUGGCUUCUCAUCCGACAUCGUCGAUACUCGCCCAGCAAAAAGGUCUCGCACAGAGGCUAAUGCAACCACCACCAGAGUGGAAGAAUGGGUAAAGGACGUCGCCGACGUCAAAGACAACACGGAUGCCACGCGUGAAUUCUCAGAGUCCACUAUGUGGCGCCCAUGA